GGAGGGGGGGCGGCGGAAGAGAAAUCCCUCUCGCAAAGGCGCCGCUGGGAAUCUGCAGCUGCAGAGCAAAAGUGGGGGUGCGAAGGAGGCAGAGGGGAACCCGCGGGCACGGCAAGCGACAACCCUAACCCGCCGAGCCGCACUCAUUGAGGAAACGAGGAAGAAACUGACCCGGCGCGAGAUGUCUCCUGGUCGAUCUCAGCGCUGCAGAACCGCCGGGCUGAGGCGCCGGCUCCGGAGGCAGAGCGCGCUGCUUUUAGGGUGUAGCCUGUGGAUUUCUCUUUGCUCGCUAAGAUGCGCUGCUUUCAACCUGGACACUAAAUUUCUGGUCCUCAAGAAAGGCAAGACUCCGGACAGUUUCUUUGGACUCUCGGUGGCUCUGCACCAUCAAGAGAACCCGCAAAGAUACCUGCUGCUAACUGGAGCUCCCCGAGAUAGAGCUGUGGAGAUGGAGAAUGCCACGCGGACGGGUGCCAUGUACGCUUGCCCGUUGACCUCGCUCAUGGAUGACUGUGUCCGAGUGAACAUCAAGGUGGCAAGUGACUCCCACACUAAUGUCGUUGAAGACAUGUGGCUGGGUGUGACCGUAGGAAGCCAGAGAACACCAAAAGGGAGAGUGAUGGCUUGUGCUCAUAGGUACAUCCGGAUCUUGUGGGCUGGCACCGAGGAGCAGAAACGCAUGGUGGGGAAGUGCUACAUCCGUGGCAAUGACCUGGACUUCAGCGAGGCUGAUGAGUGGCAGACGUACCAUAAUGAGAUGUGCGAUCCUGGCACUGACUUUGAGAUGACGGGCAUGUGUCAGAUGGGCAUCAGUGGUGGCUUCACCAACAGCACCGUUUAUUUUGGAGCUCCUGGUGCUUUCCAUUGGCAAGGGACCAAUUACGUGAUCGACCAAGAGAGCUGGGAGAAGAACGAUUACUUCUACGAGGAUCACGAGAACCGCAACGGCUACUUAGGGUAUUCCACGGAGGUUGGCGAUGCUGUACUGCACAAACACGAGAAAACCAUCAUCGCGGGGGCUCCCCGUAAUAACCACACAGGGGCUAUCUUGUUGAUGGUCAAUAACAGCAGCCGGUACCUGCAGAAGAAACUGGUGCUCUCCGGGGACCAGGUGGGCUCCUAUUUUGGCAGUGCCAUCGCAUUGGCUGAUCUCAACAACGAUGGGUGGCAGGACUUGAUUGUUGGAGCACCGUACUACUUCAACCGGAAGGAGGAGAAGGGUGGGGCUGUCCAUGUGUUCAUGAACCUUGGAGGAACAUUCCACAGUCGCCCCAACAUCACCCUGACCGGCCCGAGGAAUUCUUCAUUUGGCUUCGCAGUGGCUAACAUUGGGGACGUUGACAAAGAUGAUUUCCCAGAUAUUGCCAUUGGGGCUCCAUUUGAAGGUUCAGGGAAGGUAUACAUCUACCACAGCAGUGUGGGAGGCCUUAUUGAUAAGCCCCGGCAGGUCAUUAGCGGGGACGACAUUGGUCCGGGCAUCAAGACCUUUGGCUACUCCUUCAGUGGAGGAAUGGAUGUGGAUGAGAACUCCUACCCUGACCUGCUGGUGGGAACCCUCUCUGAAAGCAUUGUACUGCUCAGAGCCCGUCCAGUGAUCAACAUCUUAAACAAGACUUUUAAAGUUACUCCAAGGAUCCUGGACCCGAGCAAAUGUUCUAAGGAGUCUUGCAUCACGAUAGAGCUCUGCUUCUCCUACUCCCAAAGUGCUGGAGACCCCAACUACAGGGAGAUCAUCCAAUUGAAUUAUACAGUGGAGGCGGACUGGGGCCUCCGUCGGCCUCGGGUAUAUUUUCCCAAGUCAGGGAAUGCCACCUAUGAAGGAACGUUUUCUAUGCCUUCGAAGUGCGAAAGCUUGACGGUCCUUCUACAGGGUGAUGUGCAAGACAAGCUGUCGCCCAUCGCGUUCUCCAUGAACUAUUCUCUCGCAGAGAAACCAAUGGAAUUCCAGCUGGGCCUGCGAUCCCUCGACGCCUUUCCUGUCUUGAAUGAGGACCAGCCCAGUAAGAAUUAUACUGAGAUUCAAUUCCAGAAGGAUUGUGGGAGUGACAACAAGUGUACCAGCAACCUGCAGCUUCAGACUUUCUUUUGGAAUGAUCAGCAGCAAAGGCUGCCCAGGCAGAAUGGCAUACAGGUGUUGUCUUACAAUCCGGAGGUCAAGAGACAAAACUUGAGCAUCAGCAUCAGUGUUACAAACAUCCGGACAACACUAACCAAUGGAGAAGAUGCUCACAAGGCAAAGUUGACCAUCACGUUCCCUCCCACUCUGCUGCCUUCAUCCAUCCGGCCGAGUGGGGCCUGCACAGUUAACGAGAAUGUGAUGUGCGAACUGGGCAACCCCUUCAAAAUGAACCAGACGAAAGAGCUGAACAUCACAUUUGAAAUUAUUGGAAUCACGCUGACUACCCAUAACAUCACCAUACAAAUGGAGCUCGACACGUCAAGCUUCCAGAAUGAUCUCGUGCCAGUAACAGCUGUCCUUCUGGUGAACUACACCAUCGAAUCAUCGCUGAGAGUCAACCGGUUACUCCAGUCAUACUUUAGUGGGACGGUUAUGGGUGAGUCGGCCAUGAAAAAAGAGGAAGAUGUCGGCAGUCCACUUGAAUUUGACUUCCAGGUGACCACCAAAGGUGAGCCUUUAGGUUCCUUGGGAACCAUCGUAUUGGGCUUCGAAUGGCCUUAUGAAGCCAGCAAUGGGAAAUGGCUGCUGUACCCCACUGAAAUCCUGGUGAAAGGGAAUCAGAGCGGCUUCUGUGAACCUCCUGGCCACGUCAUCAACUACCUCAACCUCACGCUGAGUAAUCAUACAAGCACCUCAGCACGGAGGAAGCGUGAGCUGCAAGCCACUCCAGACGGAGAGCUUCCCAUCACCUUGGCAGCUUCCAAGAAAGCCAAGUCGGAAACAUCCCUGAGCUGUUCCAGGGGCACGGCUCGCUGCAUCUGGUUUGAGUGUCCCCUGCAGGACACGGGAGUUGUGACAAACAUCAAGGUCCGGGCACGGGUCUGGAACAGCACCUUCAUCGAGGACUUCCAUGACUUUGACCGCGUGAAGGUGGAUGGACAAGCCACACUGUUUCUCAGGACAAACAUCGGCACAAUCAACAUGAGAAACCAUACUGUGCAGUUUACUGUAGACAUUGACAGUGAGCUGAGUGAAGAACAGCCAGCUGAGAUUGAGCUGUGGUUGGUGUUGGUUGCCGUUGCAGCCGGACUUCUGCUUUUGGGGCUCAUCAUCUUAGCACUGUGGAAGUGUGGCUUCUUCCGGCGGGCAAGCACGCGAGCCAUGUACGAAGCCAAGGCCCAGAAAGCCAUGAUGAAGAUCCAGCCAUCUGAAACUAAGCGGCUGACCGACAGCUACUAGUUCCUGUCUCUGGGUGGGGGGGAUACUGCCCACCCCUUUACCCUGCAUCUUGUGCAACUUUUUCAAGCGAACCCGCUACUACCGAAUCAUGCCCAAGUACCAUGCUGUUCGGAUCCGGCAGGAGGAGCGCUACCAACCGGCUGGGGGAUUCCUGCCUCCGAAGCACAAGAAGCAGUGGGUGACAAACUGGC